UCAAGUCUAAUAGUGUAAUAAAGCAGCUGUGGUACACAGUAAUUCAAUUACAAUUGAGUUAAUCCGGAAUCUAAAUAUUUGCUUUUCCCAUGAUGUGUGUACUUGUAGUUAAUGUUAAUUAGGGACAGAUUACUUUGUUACUCUUACAAAUGCAGAUUAGACUUACAAGGAAAAAGGGUGGGCGUUUACAAGACUUAAGAACAUCCACGUAGGGCAGUUUUUACUUAAACUCAAAAGUACAGGACAAUUUUGCAGCUUUGAUUUUAUUUUAAAUUGAAAUAGAGUGUCAGUUUUAAAGAAAAGAGUUUCUAUUCAACACAAUACAUUGUAUUAUCCAGCGUUUUUUUUUAUAUAAGGACUUAGUUAAAAACUGUAAACAACGAAGAAAAACACAAUUUUAGCAUCAAGACGGAAAUUAUUUGAAAAUAUGUAUUACUGGAUUCAAGGUUUUUUAUUGGUUGUUAUAAUUAGUCUCGGUGCAGCCGAGCGCAGGUGGUGCCAGCCAUCCCGUUAUGACGUCACAAUAACGAGCGACGGUUGGGUCGAAUAUGAUGACAUCACAUUCGCAUGUGUGACGUGUGGAAAUGCGUCACAAACACGACUUAUCAAUCGAAGAAGAUUAAGUAAUUACGAAUGCUGUAGUGGGCAACUGGUUGCCAGGGGCAAUUGUGACGUAAUACCCUCGUUGCCAGGAGGAACAUGCUCGACUGGGGAAAAGUGUGAUGGUGUGAAGCAAUGCGUGGAUGGGAGCGACGAACUCAACUGCCGUGAAUGUAACGGUACAAACAAAUUCUCAUGCAACGAUUCCCAUGAUACUGACCCAUGCGUUGAAACCAACCAGGUUUGUGAUGGGCGCAAAGAUUGUGAAAUGGGACUGGAUGAAACCGGUUGUAACUGGUAUGGUGGCCAAUGUGAUGGUUUCUUAUGUGGUGGAGCACACCCAAGAUGCAUACCUUUAUCACAGGUCUGUGAUGGAACAAAGCAAUGCAUGGAUGGCUCAGACGAACACAAUUGUCGCUACUGUCUAAUGCAGUUCAGGUGUUCAGUUUUUCUCCGUGCUGACCCUAAAGACCCCGGUGUUAACACAACCACUGCAGAAUGUAUUGGCUCAUUUCGCGUAUGCGACGGCCAGCAGGAUUGUUUAAAUGGAUUGGACGAAUCAAAUUGUUAUCGUUGGAAAGAGUGGACAACAUGGGGUGAAUGUGGAAGCCCUGUAGCUUGUCAAAGGACAAGAACUCGAGAUUGCUUAAACAAAGCUGGAAAUAUUGUAGAAGCUCACCACUGCCACCAUGUGGAAGACUACCAUCACAAAGAUGGGUCACCGGGUGGCCAAAAUCAAACUGAGAUUUGCCAAGAAUGUAUAACAACAACAACAACAACGACAAUUUCGACAACACUCGCUACAACAACAACUGAAAUUGAACCUACAACAGUUUUAGCACCAACAACAGUCAAUUCAACUACAACAGAAACUCAUUUAUCUACAACAGACACAACAGCUUAUGAAGGAAGUAGUUCUGACUACGAUAAUGUUUCUGUUACAACUUACACUACUCAAGCUGUCAAUCAAAAUACAUCACAAUCCAACAUUAUGACAUCAUCGUAUGAAAGAUCAACUGCAUUUGAUGCUGUAACAAAAUCAGAUUUAAACACAUCCAAUGGCAGUACCUAUGUAGUUACUGAUGCAAGUAUACCUACACACCAACCAAGAGCAAGUGGUUUAGGCUUACCCCUUGUUAUUACCCUUAUAAGCAUAGCAGUGCUUUUUGUUAUCAUACUCAUUGUGGCUUGCAUAUUCUGCUGCACUGAAAGGAGAAGAAAAACAGGUAAAUGGAUUCCUCGUAGACGUUACCACGAAAGGGAGCCAGUGCGCGUUUCGCAAAUGUAUUACGAUGUAUCACUAGAUGGUGUAGAAGAGACGAUCAACAGAAUAGACUCAAACCCCAAUCUUAAGCCUUGCGCUCUUGACACAUUCUCGGCUGUAACAGCGCCCUCUGCUGUUGAUAGUGGUAUUGACGAAAACCAUUCAACCACAUCAACGAGACGGUCCAAUCACAGCCCUUCAUUAUCCAUUACAUCAUCACAAAGCAGCCAAUCAGAAGGCUUCCCUGCCCCACCCUCCCCAUUGACCAAUCAGAACACAAGUGUUUGAAAUAGCAGUUAUUUUUAAGAAGUCUCUUUUUAAGAGGGAUGGGUACUCAAAUUUCAGAAUGGGCUCCACUUUAGCACACCAAAAUAAAUCGAUUCUUCUUGGGUAGUAACCUCAAGUGUCUGCACUUUCUUACACUAGGUGCUUUUACAACAUUAAAAACUAAAAUGCGCUUUUAUUUUACAAAUUCAGUUGUAUACAUACUAUCAUUAUCGUCUUUGCCACUUUAAAAACACCAAACAAUCAGUGAAAACAACUUAUACUUUGUUAACAGCUCUUAGUCUAUCUUAUGGUUUAACACUCUUUAAAUGUUUCUGUGUAUUUUUACCCCAUGAGGAUUUUUCUGACCGUUUAAUUACAUGGUUCUACAUUUUUUUGUUGCAUAGUGUUUUGCCAAACGUACUUGUACAUUACCAGUGCUAUUUUCCGCUUAUGUUGUCGCUUUGUCUUGUUAUUGUACCUUCAUAGUGUGACUAUUUUCUGUGUGUUUUAUUUCUCUUUUUUUAUUUUACAAUACAGUACUACAACAAACA